AUGGCGUCUGCUAUUCCUGUUGGCGUCUACGGACGUCGCAUUCCGGCUGGAGGCAUUCCCAUUCUGGCUGCUGUCGACCAGUCUACCACUUUCAGAAUUACGAUGGCUGCCAUCGACCCAGAUGCUGAGCCACAGUUUGACGAGGACCAAAAGCAUGCUCGCGCAACCUUGAAGCUCAUCCGUAUCCCUGAUGACUUUGACAUGGAAGAUGAUGAUGAUGAGGACUAUGAAGAGGGUGACAUUGAGGCAAUCGCUGCCCGUCUGCGUGCAGCUGGUGCGCUUCCCGAGGCUGACUCGGACCUUUCCGAUGACGACAGCGAGGAUGAGAAGAAUGGCGGUCCUAGCGAUCCAGCCAAGUCAAAGAAGGCCAAGCAAGCUGCUCUUACCAAGAAGCUGCAAGAGGAGCUUGAGGCUGAUGAUAUGGACAUUGACAGCUUGACCAACGGCGCUAAGGGUAAGGCCAAGGGCAAGGCUAAGGUUACCAAUGAUGAUCUGAGCGACGAUGAUGACGAAGAUGAUGAAGACGACGACGAUGAGGAUGAGCCUGAAGAACUUGUUCUCUGCACACUUGACCCUGAGAAGCACUACCAGCAGCCUCUCGACAUCACCGUCCGCCAGGGCGAGGAGGUCUACCUCUGUGUCACCGGCACGCACGAUGUCUACGUCACCGGUAACUAUGUUGCGUUCCCUGAAGACGAGGAUAGCGAGGAUGAGGAAGAUGAUGGUCUUGACGAGCUCGGCUACGAUCUGUCUCCUGACGAGGAUGAGCUCGAUGGCAUGGACGAAUCAGAGGACGACGAGCUCGAUGGCAUGAGCGACCCCAGAAUUACCGAGGUCGACAGUGAUGAGGAAGAGGUUCCCAAGCUCGUCGAAGCUAGCAAGAAGAGCAAGAAGCGUGCUGCUGAGGAGGAUGCCAGCCUUGAUGAUAUGAUCAGUAAGACUAACGGCGACGCUAAGCUCAGCAAGAAGCAGGCCAAGAAGUUGAAGAAGAACGACGGCCAAGCUGUCGCUAGCGCUGCUGAGCCAGAGAAGAAGGCUGAAAAGGUUGAGAAGAACGAUACCCCCAGCAGCGACAAGAAGAAGGUUCAGUUCGCUAAGAACCUCGAGCAGGGCCCCACUGGCUCCCCAAAGGUUGACGCACCCAAGCCAGAGGCAAAGAAGGAGGCUUCCAAGGGACCUCGCAAUGUCAGCGGCGUCAUUGUUGAUGACAAGAAGGAGGGCAAGGGCAAGGCCGCCAAGAAGGGUGAUCGUGUCGAGAUGCGCUACAUUGGCAAGCUGAAGAACGGCAAGGUCUUUGACUCGAACAAGAAGGGCAAGCCUUUCUCCUUCAAGCUCGGCGUCGGUCAAGUCAUCAAGGGCUGGGACGUUGGUGUCGCUGGUAUGACCCCCGGCAGCGAGCGUCGCCUCACUAUCCCUGCUGCGAUGGCAUACGGAAAGAAGGGUGCUCCUCCGGACAUCCCACCCAACUCUGACUUGAUCUUCGACAUCAAGUGUAUCUCUGUCAGCUAA